GUCGAGGAUGUACCGAGCGUGAUCAUAGUUUAUCAGCUACACUGAAUGUAGAACAUUGUAUCUCUUAUAUCCACGUCAGCAGUGUCACUCUUCUGUAUGUGUCUUGUUCGAUUAGCACAAUGAAAGUUCCUACAGAAUUGGUUGCCAUCUGGUCAAUCUGCAUAUUCGAGCAAAAUGUUGAAGCGCUGACCUGCCUGAAGUGCGACUACGUGGUGCAGCCACGACACUGUAAAACGGUUGUCUCAUGUCCGGACGAUGAUUCGUGCUUUGUUGAGAGACAGACGAAUGCCUUUGGUGAAAUAGGCUUCAAACUUGGAUGUCUCGCAAAACGCUCGUGCAGAAAUUCAACCUCCAGUUCGAGUCAUUGUACCCAAUGUUGUGACAAGGAUAUGUGUAACCAAGCCGGAUGCGGCGAAGAAGGAUAUCCUUCUCAACGUGGACCCGUGUGCUAUAGUUGUGAUAAUCCGUUACCUGAAGGUCGUUGCCAUAGUAUUGACGUUUGUCAAAAAGGGGAGCACUGCGUGUCUCACCCUGGAGGCGUCCUAAUUGGUAGACGCAGUCAAAUUACAUCCACACUUACUGGGUCACAUGGUCUGCAUGGUUGUUUCCACUGUUGCGAUGGUGAACUGUGUAACAAGAAUUGCCAAACUAGAGUGGAAGACUGCUCCGAGCUACUACGCAGUGGUGUUGCUCGUCUCAGUGGCGGGUACAACAUCACCACUCCUAUCACUCGUAUCAAGAUUCAGGUGUAUUGUGACAUGGAGACGGAUGGAGGAGGAUGGACGCUUUUCUGCUGCCGGCGCCGACUUCGACCUCCCUUUAGCAUAACCUGGAGAACAGUCUUGCACAGAGAGUCGUGCCUGGUGACGUGUCCAAACCGAGCCAUUGUUCGUCAUUUCACGGUCUUUCAAAAGCGGUUCGAUGGCAGUGAGGAUUUCUAUCGGAACUUCAGUGACUAUGAAAACGGCUUUGGAUCAGUUCACGCUGAACACUGGCUCGGUCUUAAAUACAUUCACGAAAUAACCUCAAGUGGUUCUUAUCAACUCCGAGUGGACAUUGUACGUUCGAAUGGAAGCAAUGGCUACGAUAUGUAUGGCAACUUCAGUCUGCAACCUGGCACUAAGUACACGUUGAAUCUUGGGUCGCGAUUACGGUCAGACGGGGUACUCAUCGAAAACUCAUUUGGCAGUAGUUUAGACACUAUUGGUUCUCCAGCCGGAAAUGCCUUCAGUACGUAUGAUCAUGACGUAGACCCUGCAGGGAUAAAUUGUGCAGCAACGCAUAAAGGGGGCUGGUGGUACAGUGCCUGCUACAGAUACACCAAUCUGAAGGUUGGAGACUACAUAAGACUUUGACAGUUGCGGGAAACCAUCAUCAACUGGAGAGAUGCCGGUAAAAAGAUGGCCAUAAAACAGUGACCGCUGAUUCGCAUUGAGUUCUUUCUUACAUAUUGGAUGACCUAUGUUUUUUAUUGUUUAAAUCAUUGCGGCUUGGAAUGCUCUUUAAGAAAAGGUAUGGUUAUGGGGGUGUCUACGCGCAAAAGUUUGACUUUAUUUUUUGUUAAAGUUAUUGCUUUUACAUUGAAUUUGUGCAGGAAAUCUUUUGG